AUGGCCGAAGCGAUAGCUAACCCAGAUGUGCCUUCGAACAAGAAGGCCUUUGUUCCCUUAGGUACACCAACCCUUUUCCCUUUUCCCUCCCCAUUCCCCAGCGCUAACCCCUCCCCAGAAAACAACCCCGAAGUAAUGUCCUCUCUCCUCCACAAACUCGGUCUAUCCACCACCCUCUCUUUCCACGACGUAUUCUCCAUCGAAGACCCCUCUCUCCUCUCCUUUAUUCCCCGUCCCGCUCUCGCUCUCUUACUAGUAUUCCCCGUUUCGAAAAGCUACGAACAAUUUCGCAUGACUGAGGAUAAGGAACGAGAGGACUAUACAGGUAAAGGAGAGGAAGAACCAGUCGUUUGGUAUAAACAAACUAUUAGGAAUGCAUGUGGUUUGAUUGGAUUAUUGCAUGCUGUUAGUAAUGGUGCUGCGAGAGGUUUUGUUGAACAAGAUACCGAUCUCGACAAGCUAAUCAAAUCUGCGGUUCCACUCGCUGCCGUUGAUCGCGCUGACCUUCUCUACAAUUCCCAAGCCCUUGAAUCUGCCCAUCAAAGCGCCGCAACACAGGGCCAGUCCUCUACCCCCAAUGCCGAAGAUCACAUUGAUUUACACUAUGUAUGUUUUGUGAAAGAUGAGAAGAACAAUCUAUGGGAGAUGGAUGGGAGGAGGAGAGGUCCACUUGAGUUGGGGGCACUGGGAGCAGAUGAAGAUGUUCUGAGUGAGAAGGCUUUAGAUUGGGGAGUGAGGAAGUUUUUGAAGAGAGAAGAAGAGAAUGGUGCGGAGUUGAGGUUCAGUUUGAUUGCACUGGCGCCAAGUCUUGAUUAA